GCCAUUGCCAUAAGAGAGAUGAUCAGUGAUUGAUACAACUAGAUUGAUGAGCUAGCUCGAGAAAUCAAUGGCAAAUCUAAGCUUUUAUCUGAAUCGCAUUGUUCUGUGCACGACCUUAAUUGCUUGUUUCAGUUUCAGGCCCUCACAUAGCGAGGACACAGUCUCACACGAGACUGCAGGAAGUAGCGCCUUCUUCAUUUUCGGAGAUUCCACUGUGGAUUCUGGCAAUAAUAAUUACAUAGAAACAAGCCCAGAGAACAGAGCAGAUUACGAACCAUACGGGCAGAACGGAUUCUUUGAACGACCUACUGGAAGAUUCUCUGAUGGCCGCAUUAUUGUGGAUUUUAUCGCUGAAUAUGCCAAUCUGCCAUUGAUUCCUCCAUUUUUACAACGAUCUGCUGAUCAUACCAACGGUGUCAACUUUGCUUCUGGAGGGGCCGGUGUUCUGCCAGAAACCAAUCAAGGGCUGGUGAUUGAUCUUCAAACACAAGUGAAAAACUUUGAAGAAGUAAGGAAGGGAUUGGUGGAGACGGUGGGAGAGGAGAGGGCGAAAGAAAUAGUAGAAGAAGCGGUUUAUUUCAUUAGCAUUGGGAGCAACGAUUAUAUGGGCGGUUAUCUGGGCAAUCCAAAGAUGCAGAAAAGAUUCACUCCUGAGCAGUACGUUGGCAUGGUCGUUGGCAACUUGACCCAGAUAGUCCAAAGACUGUAUGAGAAAGGAGGUAGGAAGUUCGGGUUUUUAAGUUUGGGCCCUUUGGGUUGUUUGCCUGCCCUGAGAGCUCUAAGUACUGAAGGUGGGUGUUUGGAAGCAGCGUCUGCUCUUGCGCUCGCCCACAAUCAUGCCCUCUCUUCUAUUCUCUCAAGCCUUCAACUUGCCCUCCAGGGCUUCACUUACUCUAAUUCCAAUUUCUAUGACUGGCUUCAUGACCGUAUACACAAUCCCUCUGCUUACGGAUUCAAGGAAGGAGAGAAGGCAUGCUGUGGAAGUGGACCCUACGGGGGCAUCUUCAGUUGUGGGGGGACAAAGAAAACGAUAGAGUACAACUUAUGCGACAACGUCAACGACCAUGUGUGGUGGGAUUCAUUCCACCCAACACAGAUCAUUCACCACCAAUUCGCCCUCACUUUCUGGAACGGCCCUCCUUCCUCCGUCGCACCCUUUAACUUACACCACCUCUUCACCGCCAAUACUAAACGCACCAUUGCUGAUGUCGUCGAUCAAGCUCCACAACACCAAUUUGACUUCUGACUCAUGCAUCUUCGCGUAGUAAUAAUCAUAUUAUAUACACUUUCUCGCAUUUUAUUUGGUCUCUUCGAUCAACCAAUGUCUCUGCACUCUCAAAUAAAGCUUUGAUCUAUGUCCCAAUUGAAUAGAGUUUGGGCUGUGUGUUGUGCUUACAAGCUCUAUACACGCGUCCGUCACUUCUGUCCUUUGGACUAAAUAAUUUUCAAUCUUGCAAUACUUUUUGUAUAUGACACUUUUC